ACAAAUGGCCAUGGGCGGACGUAUCGCGCGCUGCGUCCCUGAAGACUUCGUAACUUUACUUCAAUAUCAAUAAAUACGCACAAAUGCAAUAAAAUGUAUUCAGAACUUUAACGUGAUCAUUUUAAAAAACAUUUUCAAUUAUUCUAUGCGGGUUUGUGUGAAAUUAAAACAAUGAUACGUAAUGACAUUCCAACCGAACGUGCUUAUUCGGAAUAAGAAUUUGCCGUGAAUGUGGAAAGCUAGACGUAUAUAUACCUACCCCCGCCACUGAGGAGCUAACCUAAUUUAAAGUUAGCAGCAAAACGGCGAGGAUGAGCAGCCACGUAUCAGUAUGGAGAUGAAAAAACAUGAGAAGCCCGGCAGCCUGUCGCCAGUGAAGCCGGCGCUCAAGAAAGACAACGACGACGGAAAAUCCUCACGGUCCAGUAGUAAAUCUGAGAAGGAACUCAAACUACCUCCGGAGAAAUCCCCCAGCGAUGACGGCACAGGACUAAGAAGGGAGCGACGCCUGUCCAAGGCUAGUGAGAGCUCAAAGGACACAUUUGAGAGACAAGACUCCAAAUCCGCAAGUCUUACAAGUCCCAAGGUGUCCAGAAAGUAUUUCACGAACUGGCGUCAAGCAUGCGACAAGACAAAGGAUAAGACCAAAGAGCUCCUCAAACGCUGGCGAACGUUACCAGAAGCUGAGGCUUCGGAGACACAGAUGCAGGCUUCAGGGAAUGCUGAGGAGGAGAAGCAUCACGGGUGGAGCGUUCACGUUUGGACUACUUGGGUGAACCGGUGCAGCGAAGACCUGGAAUGUCUGGAUUUAGAAGAGGAGCAGCCUCUUGCCCAAUUGUGCUCGGUCCAAGCUGACAAGAUGACAUUGUUCUUCACAGAGCUGUUAGACCACGACCGGGACGACGUCAUCUGCGAUCAGGACUUCGACCAAUUCUUCGAGAGGCUGGCACACUUCGCCGACUGGUCGAGCAACUCGUCCGAGUUUCAUAUACUGCUAGAAGUGAAGCAAGAAUUCAUAGAACAUUUCAUCAACCCGUUACCCGCUAAAUGGGGUGAACUGCCGUACUACAGAAGAGUGUGCGGUCCUGAAGCAAGUGGAAUCAACAUUCCAGGACGGACCACUCUGGAAGGCUGGCUGGCUAGAUGGGCACUUCACCUUAGCGAGAUGAAGCGGUUUUCUGAUCUGCCCCUCUAUCUACAGUACUUGUGCAAGAUUCUGUUCCACGUCGUUGACAGAGCAGGCUCUGGUGAGAUAACGAAGCAAGCGCUCGCCGCUUUCUACCGCUCUGUCAUCGGUCUCACUGGAAGCAGAGUCGAAGAAAUUAUCGACACAGCUUACAAUAGAAUGACAAGUAAUGGUUACCUUAUCCUGGACUACGGCACCUUCGUCCACUGCUUCACCAACUGGUUAAUGGGAAAGAACCCCAACGGCCCUGGUCAGUGGGUUCUCGUUCCUCCAAAGGAUUCUCUGCCACAGCCGCCAUUCCCCGUCGACUACAGCGCCCUCAACACCGAGCCAGCGAAAUUAGAACCUUAUGCACCAGACAAAAAGACUAACAGACAUUCUGUUAUAGUGUGAAAAACACACGAGGUCAUGUUCAGUGGUAUUACAGAAAGCAGAGUUUCCAAUCUUGGAUACAAAUAUCGAUCUUUUGAAUUGAUCCAAUUGAUGAAAUCAUUCCAGGAAAAAGUUGCUGUUAAAAAAAGUCAAUUGUAUAUUUACGUUUAAAACAAGAACACUACAGAAAGUAAAACAGAAACCUACGCAGAGCUACACAGAAAAUAAUAAUUAUCUAAAAAAAAGUAAACCGCACUGGUGUCAUUACUACUGUGGUUUAGCCUUUCUAAGAAAAAAAAAUACACUGACAUAAGGAACAACACAUUAUAUAAUCAUAUAUAGAUCGAGAUAGAUUGAAACCCUCACAGAAAGAAAUGCGGUUCGGCGCAAAAGUCAAUUUACUGCUAACUUUAGAUAAAUACGUAAGAAGUACCUAUCCGAAAUAUAUUAAGUACGACCUAUUGAGUGAAUGCAAAAUAUUAUUCCUAACUUUGUUUCCCUAUACAUUUAAGGCGUUAUUUCUUUGUCUUUUAAUGUGUGUAGAUACUUGAAUUGAUGCAUUCCGCUUGUGUUUGAGAAUGAAACGCUUUAUAACUUGUACUUAUCGUGCAAUUCGACCAAACCUCUAUUUACAUUAUUAUAGUUAUAUUUUAAGUCGUUGUAAAUAGUAGAAUUAAUUAUGCACAACACGGUAAGCAAGAACUGCCUUAAGUAAGCGUAUUCACAUUUCACGACAUAGCCUUAUUUUGUACCUUAAAUAUAAAGAUAAUGUAAUAUGCGUAGAUUAAAAUAAAUUCACUGAAUCUACUUCAAUAAAUGCAUUCAUUUAU